AUGAACACCUGGAAUUACACAAGAGAGUCUGACUUCAUCCUCAUGGGACUGACAGAUUCCAGAGAGAUACAGCAAGUCCUUGCUGUGCUGUUUCUCCUGAUAUACUUGGUCACUGUGCUGGGGAACACAGGCAUGAUGCUGAUCAUUCAUCUGGAUGACCAGCUUCACACCCCAAUGUAUUUCUUUCUAAUACAUCUGUCAUUCCUUGACCUCAGUUACUCAACUGUCAUCACACCUAAAACCUUCAAGAACCUCUUCACCUCCAUCAAGAACAUUUCCUUCAUGGGUUGCUUCACCCAGCUGUACUUUUUUGUUUUGUUUGCUGGUGCUGAAUGUUUUCUUCUCUCCUCUAUGGCCUAUGACCGCUACGUAGCUAUAUGCAACCCUCUACACUACCCAGUUGUUAUGUCCCGAAGACGAUGUCAUACCCUCCUCACUGGUUCCUACUUGAUGGGAGCUAUAGACUCUUCUACCAAUAUGUUAUGUCUAAGCAGGACGGAUUUCUGUGACUCUCAUGUUAUCAAUCACUUUUUCUGUGACACACCCGCAGUUCUAGCCCUGUCCUGCAGUGAUACUUAUGUCAUUGAAAUGAUAAUAAUCAUUGUCUCUGGUUCAACUCUAAUGCUAUCUCUUCUCACCAUAUCAAUGUCUUAUGCAUCUAUUCUCUCUACCAUCUUGAAAAUCAGUUCUACUUCUGGAAAGCAAAAGGCCUUUUCCACUUGCGCCUCUCAUCUCCUGGCAGUCACCAUAUUUUAUUGUACUAUGAUCUUCACUUACUUGAAACCAAAAAGAUCCUACUCCUUGGGAAAGGACCAAGUGGCUUCUGUUUUCUACACCAUUGUGAUUCCCAUGCUGAAUCCACUCAUUUAUAGUCUCAGAAACAAAGAAGUAAAAAAUGCUUUCUGUAGGGUUAUAAAGAAAAGGGUGGACUCCAGGUAG